CGUUUAGUUUAUGCCCGACCGUUGCGGAGGGUCGAUCAUUCACGCCGGUUCUUACCUAACACGCUUCGUUGUAUCUUCAACGUUUUCGAGUAUAAAUUGUGUACGCCAACAAAUGGAAUUAUCAAUUUAAAACCAGUGUAUCACGUGUGUGUGUGUGUGUGAGUUCAAUGUUUGUGUGUGUGGAUUAUAAAUACGAGAUAUCCAUCGGUAAAUAAGAGAAAAUAGGAGAAACACGAAAAAAGUUGGGGAAUAAAUACUAGUGCACACUUGCUGGAAUACGCGUAUCUGUUCGUACUUUCAGGAGCGUUCGAAAUACCCCGUGAAAGUUGAAAAUACGAUUUUAUUAUGCUCAUUCCUCCGCGAUAUCAGUCUUCAUUAAACUUAUCUCGAUAUCCAGAGACUCGAUAGAGUCACGGUCAAAAUUAACCUCGACGUUGUUUUUCUCAAAAUUUCAUAUCGAGCGCAAACAUUUAUUCAUUUGUACUCAAAUACCCUAGAAAAUUGUGUCAUUUUUGUUCCUCAUUUUUAUUUUACGACACACAUAAGUGCUAUGACGCGAAACACGAGAGUAUCGUUUCACGUUAUCGGGAGCCAAUGCUCCGUCAGAUAAAUUGCCUGUUUUUUCUCCGCUUAAAAAUUCGGAGUGUGCGUCAUUAAAAGUGAACACGUGUCUUCUUUAUUCGACGGAGAAGUUUUGGUAGUUUUAAUUACGAGAUUAAGCUCACUCUCACACUCCCCCUUCCCCUGCCUCGUUCGAGUGAAGUGUGAACAAGUUUGGAGUAUAAAAGUGUUGCUCCGUUUAUUCCGAGGUUUUUUUUCUCGUAUGUGGUGUGUACAUUGUGAAUUAUAACACCGGGCAUUGCGACUCGCGGGUCCUCAGUGGCCCGAGGGCCAAAGGGAGGCUCUCAGUGCUAGUGCGCGUGUGAGUGCGCUUUCCGCCAGGCAUUUUUCCCUCGUUUUUAACACGAACGGAAGAAAAAAAGUAUUGGUGAUCGUCGUUCGCAGUCAAAACGUCGGCGGCGUCCAGUCGCCGGCGAGCGUCGUGAUUUUUUGAAAUUCUCUUCGUCGCCGGGCCAGUCCUCCGCUGCUACGGUUCUUUCUCUCCUCUCCGUGUGCUUUCUCGAGGGCGUCUACGCCGGAACUGAAGCUAACCUUCGGGUUUUCGCCGCUGCAGCACCACUAGCCAACGUGGCAAAUAGACCGAGAGCCACACACACACCGCGAGAGAGACAGAUCGCCCCGCUCCAGCAACGAGCGAGACAGAUAUAUAAUAUUAUUUAGAAGUGGGGAAGGAUGUACCCAAGCGCCGGCAUUAACGCGGCAGCUGUCGCCGCGGCAGCUGCUGCUCGACACCCGGGUCCACCGCAGCCCGGUCAACCCUUCAAAUUCACCGUCGGCGAAUCGUGCGAUCGCAUUAAGGAGGAAUUUAAUUUUCUACAAGCACAGUAUCACAAUAUGAAACUCGAGUGCGAGAAGUUGGCGACAGAAAAAAUCGAGAUUCAACGACACUACGUAAUGUAUUACGAGAUGUCGUACGGCCUCAAUGUGGAAAUGCACAAACAGACCGAGAUAUCGAAGAGGCUGAACGCUAUAAUAUGCCAGAUACUGCCGUUUCUAUCGCAGGACCAUCAGCAGCAGGUAGUCGCUGCGGUCGAUCGUGCGAAACAAGUAACCAUGGCUGAGCUCAAUUCGAUCGUCGGGCAACAGAGGCCCGAUAUACCGAGACUUUUGCAACAAAUGCACGCCCAACAAUUGCCACCGGGAGCUGCCCUCGGUGCUCAUCCCGGCUUACCCGGGCUUCCGGCACUCGGACCUGGCGCUGGUCUCCCCGUACCGACUUCCGCUUCGGCGGCCCUACUGAGCUUGGGCAUUACACCCGGCUCUGCAACGACACCCGCCGCCUCCGGUGCCCAUCCGCUCUCGAUGCUCGGCAAACCUGAUCUUCACAGAGGACAGCCCGAUGAUCUCAAAAGUAACGGAGGGCUCAGCUCCACCGAGGAACGACACAGGAGCUCGAUAUCCCCCGGCGAUAAAUACAGCAGGCCGAGAACGCCCCAGGAAUCACUUCAUCAGCAUCACUCGCAAAAUCAUCACGAUCAUCCGAUGCACAUUAAGAAGAUGAAGAAGGAACAGGACAAGGACAUCGGACACAGCGACGGUGAGAAGAGUGACCCGGAUUUGGUGGUGGACGAUGGCAGCGAAGGUCCGCCGAGCCCCGCAGUCAACGGGACGUCCUCGCCCCGUGAAAAUGGUCUCGACAAGGUCGGCGGUUCGUCCUUGAAUUCUGGAGCACAAGCAAAAAAAGACGCGCCUCCGCAUUCGCCGCGAAGUGGCACGAGCUCGAACGCGAGUACGCCCUCGGCGAAGAAAAUGGAAGAACGAGAAAAGCCGACGACCCCGAUUUCAAAACCCAUGACACCGACCUCAGCUUCGGGCGGGAGCACGGGGGGCUUGAAAGCCACGAGUUCGGCGAAACUUCUUCAGGGACCACCACCCUCCGGGGUCGCUGGUGCUUAUCCACCGCAUUAUCCACCCGGACCACCGCCUCAUCAUAUGCCACCCGGUGGACUCCAUCCGCACGUUGAUAUGAUGGCUUACAACGGUUAUGGGGCGCCAAGAGGUCCACCUUCUCUUCAACAACUUUACGAUCCUCACGCAGCGAUGAGAGCGCCAGCCGGAUCCAUCGGCGUACCUGGCGGAAAGCCGGCGUACAGCUUCCACGUGCCGAGCGAGGGUCAAAUGCAGCCGGUGCCCUUUCCCCCGGAUGCCCUUAUAGGGCCGGGCAUACCGCGGCACGCGCGACAGAUAAACACGCUCACUCACGGGGAGGUUGUGUGCGCCGUAACGAUAUCAAAUCCAACGAAAUACGUUUACACCGGUGGCAAGGGUUGCGUUAAAGUAUGGGACAUUGGUCAGGGUACCGGUGGAAGCGCUAAGCCAGUAUCCCAAUUGGACUGUCUUCAGCGGGACAAUUAUAUUAGAUCGGUUAAGUUGUUACCGGACGGUAGAACAUUGAUCGUUGGCGGUGAAGCGAGUCAACUUAGUAUAUGGGAUUUGGCAAGUCCGACGCCGAGGAUCAAGGCCGAAUUAACCUCGUCCGCGCCGGCUUGUUACGCUCUCGCGAUAUCCCCCGACUCGAAGGUCUGCUUCAGCUGUUGCAGCGACGGUAACAUCGCCGUUUGGGAUCUCCAGAAUCAAACGCUCGUAAGACAAUUCCAGGGACACACCGAUGGCGCAUCGUGCAUCGACAUCUCCGCCGACGGCUCCAAAUUGUGGACCGGUGGACUCGACAACACCGUUAGAUCGUGGGACCUUCGCGAGGGCAGACAACUCCAACAGCACGACUUCACUUCGCAAAUAUUCUCACUCGGCUAUUGUCCGACCGGCGAAUGGCUCGCCGUUGGCAUGGAAAAUUCAAACGUCGAAGUUUUGCACGCCACCAAACCCGACAAGUACCAAUUACAUCUUCACGAAUCUUGCGUACUGUCGUUGAGAUUUGCCUCCUGUGGAAAAUGGUUCGUCUCCACUGGCAAGGACAAUCUUCUCAAUGCCUGGCGCACACCUUACGGAGCCUCGAUAUUCCAGUCGAAGGAGUCCUCCUCGGUGCUGAGCUGCGACAUUUCAGCCGACGACAAGUACAUCGUUACGGGCUCGGGUGACAAGAAAGCCACCGUGUACGAGGUCAUGUACUAAUGAGAGAGAGAGAGAGCUACGAGGUAAAGGAAAUGACACACAAAUACGAACAUAUAAAAAAGCUGACAAGACACACACACACACACACACUCGCACACACAAAUGCACACUAACGCAGACACGUAUUCAACCGUAUCGAAGUUUGCACAGUUGAAAUGCAUCGAGCAUCAUCUUCGUUCGUUAUUAUCACAUGAUCCUUUUACAAUUUCACUAUUUUUUUUAUCUUGUCAUUAUUUUCCUUCGGAAUCAAGAUACACUAUCGAGAUCCAAGAAAAAUAAAAAAAACUAAAUUCUCAUCACUUUGACCCAGUAUCGAGUUAACGCAACGUUGAAAACGAACCGAGUACUCGCGCCCUGUGCGUUUCAACGAUGCAAAUUUUAUAACUUUCAUCGUCAGAAAGAAAACUAUCAAUUUUUGCAAUACGAUAACACGCGGUGUUGUACAUUUCACACGACCGCAUCAACACAGAGAGAAAGAGAGAGAGAGAAAGAGCGAGAGAGAGAGAGAGAGAGAGAGUGAGACCUCCGCCCAAGUGUAAAUAUAGUCAUUAAUGUUAUAACGAUUAUUUUUUAUUUUAUCACUCUCAUCAUCAUGAUUACGUUGAUGUUGAUUAUUAUUAUUAUUAUUAUUAUAUUAUAUCAUUGAUAUUGUUGUUGUUGUUGUUGCCGUGGUGCGGGAAGAGAUAGUUUUUCAAAGUGAUAUAAUUUACGAGUCCCAGGGGACGUUGCACGUACGUUUUCAUGCCAAUUUCUAUUUCUAACUGUUCAUCGAUGAUUUUUUUUUCUUCUUUAACCCCCAAUCCCGCCUCGUCCCAUUUCCCCAAUUUUAUAAAGCUGCAAAAGAAAGUACGUAGAUAAAAAUUUCAUUCGAAAUUUGUCAUUUCUCCCCUCAUUAUAACAACUAUUAUUAAUAUUAUCAUCAUUAUUAUUAUUAUUAUUAUUAUUGCUCGGGCAAUACUACAAGUAGGACGUAUAUAUGUAUACAUUUAUAUGUAUAUAUACAUACCACUCGUUGAAUUUAUGUACACAUUGUAUAUAAUUGGGCGUUGAAGCAAAAAUAGGAGAAAAAAGAAAACAAUAAAACAAAGCGAAAUACGGACUCGCGCGCGCGCGCACACACACACACUCUCGCGUACACAGUCGCGCGCGUGUGCACACACUUCGCGGAACACGAACACAAACACGGAAACGACCACGCACGGCGGAGUAUCGCGAAUCGCGAGUGCGUCUCAUACUGUCAUAUUUUUAUACGUCCGACGGUUGGAUUAAAGUCGUCGUUGAUACGAGAGAAUUGUAAAUAUUAUAUUGAGAGCUUCUCGACCCCUCCCCCUCCCGCCCAUUUCCGUCUCCCUCAAAUCCCCCCGCCCCGAGUGUUUUAUGUCGCUAUGUGCCCGUGUAUAUGCCUCUGAAUGUGUGCGUCUGUGAGAGAGAGAGAGAGAGAGAGAGAGAGCGAGAGAGAGUGGAAAAACAAAUUGACGAAUGGAAGAACGAAGAAAAAGUGAAAAAAACGUAAAAGUAAAAUAAAAUACGAGCAAAGUUUGAAUGAUACGAUGAUAUAAAUAAAUGUAAGAAGAGAAUCAUUCGAUAAGGAAGAAUAACAAUGGGAAAUGUGUACGAUAGGAGAAAGCAACUCGGAGAAAUCAUGUGCGAGUUUAAAGAUGAUCAAUUUCAAUAAACGAUACGAAACGUGAUUCUUAGCAGAACGACGAA